AUGGAUAUCCUCGCCCAAGCAGCAGAAAGCAUCGGCGCACCUACAGCCAUUGGUGGUGCAGCCCUUGCACUCGCAACAGCCGCGUAUGCCAACGCAAAAUUCGGCAUCAAGGCCGACUUGGACAACUUAAGAGAUGAAGCUUCUUUUGGCAAACGACUGGCGCAACGAAUUGGCGAGCUGGACGGUAUCUGCACAUUGUACGGUAUGCUCAAAAGGGUCGUUGAGGUGAAUAAGCAGGGAUCAGCGGAGGCAUUGUGGUUUGAGAAUAAGACAUGGACGUAUGAUCAAUUAAAGGACUACUCCGAUCGCCUGGCAGCUUACAUCCAUGCCCAAGGUAUUCAGGCUGGCGACUUUGUCGCCGUCUACACAACCAACUCCCCGGAAAUGGUAUUCAUAGUCUACGCCCUCUCAAAACUAGGCGUCGUCGCAGCAUUGAUAAACACAAACCUCCGAGACGCGACAUUCAAACACUGUCUCGAAAUAUCAAGAUCCAAACUCAUCAUCUCGACGCCCGAUCUUGCCGCAUUCGUCAAAACAGACGAUAUGCCUAAGUUCACGUUUAAUGUAUCUUCCUUCGACAACGUGACAGAUAUACCAAGCGACAUUACACAAAUCACACCAGAAACAUUAUCCCAAUUUUCGGCAGCGGACAUUGCAGCCAUCGCUGCAGCGAAAAGAUCCCCUCCCGAUCUGGCAGUCUUGAUAUACACAUCCGGUACAACAGGAAACCCCAAAGCAUGCGCAAUCCGCAAUUCCAUGACCCUAGUAACCUCCACACCAUUACCAAAGGAUACCCGAAACCCAUCCAAAUACUACCCCAUGCGCAUAUACUCAUCACUGCCCUUAUUCCACGGCACGGCGUUUUUCAGUGGACUAUGCUACUCCGUCGGUAAUGGCGGCACAUUAUGUCUCCGCCGGAAAUUCUCUGCAUCCCAGUUCUGGAAAGAUGUGCAUGAUUCGCGUGCUACUCGGGUGUUGUAUAUUGGAGAACUGUGUAGAUACUUGCUCGCAUCACCGCCAUCACCCUUCGACAAGAACCACAACUGCGUCGUGGCGUAUGGUAAUGGAUUGAGAGGCGAGAUCUGGGAUAAGUUUAGUGAAAGGUUUAAUGUUGCUGAGAUUCGCGAGAUUUAUCGAUCUACAGAAGGUGUUGCGCGAUUCGAUAACUUUUCUGGAGGGUCUUGGGGUGCAGGCGCAGUUGGGUUUCAUGGUCCGAUUCGGCAGAUGUUUGAGCAGGAUACAUAUCUCAUCAAAUUUGACCUCGAGACUGAACAGCCGUAUCGGGAUCCUAAGACGGGGUUCUGUGUCAAAGUCAGUGCUGGGGAAGAGGGAGAAGCAAUUGGGCGAGUGCGUACUCGUCAGUCGUUGACUGAAUAUCUGCAUAACAACGAAGCUACGGAGAAGAAGUUGUUGACAGACGUCUUUGAGAAAGGGGAUGUCUUCCAACGUAUGGGUGACUUGUUGGUUCGUGACCACGACGGCUGGAUCCGGUUUGGAGAUCGUGUUGGCGAUACCUACCGCUGGAAGGGCGAGAAUGUCUCUGCGGGAGAAGUGAGAGAUCACAUUUGUCGAAUAGAGAAUGUGCAGGAUGCGGUUGUCUAUGGCGUGAAGUUGAAAAAUUACGACGGCCAAGCAGGCGCAGCAGGCAUAACCCUCGAACGACGAACCCCCGAAACCGAAGCAGCCGCCAUCGAAAAUCUAUGGACCUUCCUCCGCUCACAAGGUGUACCUACAUAUGCCAUUCCGCGACUCGUCAGAGUCACAAAGGAGGUCGCGACAGGAGUAACAUUCAAACAGGCCAAAGGCGACCUGGCAAAACGCAGCUGGGACCCUGUUGCCGAUAGCAGUGGUGAUGCAUUGUAUUGGCUCAACUCGGGCAAGGAUGGGAAGUCCAAAAAGCCGGUUUAUGAGAGGUUGGAGAGGGAUAGCUGGGAUGAGAUUGAGAGUGGGAGGGCGAAGUUGUAA